AUGUGGAAGCAUUUUAAAUUCGAUCCAAAUUCUGUUAAUUUCUCAUGCUUUACUGAUGAAAAAUUCAACAAGUUCGAUAAUUUACUGCGUUUUGAAUGGGAACAUGCUGUUAGUCAAGAUCUGUUUAUGUUUACAAUCGACUAUAAUGCCAAACAGCGAAUACUUGAUGAUGGUGACCUAAAUUAUAUUAUUGGAUUAAACAGAGAUCGACAAGAAAAACGUCGAGUGCCCUAUCUAUUUGAACAUGUGAAUAUACCAUUCGAUAACAAGAAAUUUCAUUUUAACAAAAUUAAAGAUGCAGAAGUUCUUUUUUCUUUAGACAAUGAACAGCAAACAGAUAAACAUUUGAUAAUAAUUAAUGCUGCUCCAAUUCGACCUUAUCAUGUAUUACUUGUACCGUAUCGGGAACUUGAACAACCACAGGUUGUUACUGCUGACUGUAUUGUAUUUGGAUGUGAAUUCGUUGCUGCAAGUGCACAUCCAUAUAUCGUGGCUGGCCUUAAUUCUCUGUGUGCUUAUGCAUCUGUAAAUCAUUUACAUCUCCAUGGCAUGUAUUGUCCUGGUCGUAUGUUUAUUCAAACACUAAAAUGUUCUGUAUUUCAUACAAAAUCAAAUUGUUAUCUAUUGGAUUCCUUUCAACCUCAAGCAUUCGCUUUCGAAGUAAAACAUAUUGAUGAAUUCAAUAAAAUCUCACAAGAUGUGUAUAAAAUAACGAAUUAUUUGAUGUUAAAUAAUAUAGCUCAUAAUGUAGCCAUAGUAAAAGGUGAUUCAUUUUCAUCGGCAGAUAAUGUCUUACGUAUCUUUAUUUGGUUUCGCCAAUCGAUUACGAAUGGGGAAAAAUUUGAGCGAUGUAAUUUUGCGUUUCUCGAACUAAGCGGAUUUAUGACAAUGCCUGAUGAAAAAGUUUACAAUACUUUGACAGAAUCGGAAAUGUGUCAACAUAUGAAUAGAUUAGGUUUAUCAGUGGAAGAACAAGAACGAAUUAAAGAUGAUGUGAAGAAUUUACUAGAUAAUUAA